ACAAUUCAACUCAUUCGUGUCAUGGCCUAUCUCGAGCAGAAACAAAGCCACUUGAUACUUUCUCCAUGUGAAACGGCAACCCAUCUUUUCCACAAACUAUAGGAGACGAAGGGAGAGGGACCUGUGAAAGCAAAGCUCCAACUCCCAAGAGAUAGGGGAAGAGAGCAGCGCUCGGCCUUGUCUCCAAUGUCCGGGUUCAUAAUAGACGAGCUCCCCCUCCUCCUUCUUCCUGCUCUGGUAGCCCUCUUCUUCUACGUCAACCUCGUCAGAUGGAAGAGGCUGAAGAGGUUGAACCUCCCACCUGCCGGUAGCGGUUGGCCUUUCAUCGGCGACACCUUCGCAUACCUCAAGCCUCAUCUGGCCACCUCCACUGGCCUGUUCAUGGAGCAACACAUCUCCAGGUACGGGAAGAUCUAUCGGUCUAAUCUCUUCGGUGAGCCGACCAUAGUCUCAGCCGACGCGGGCUUGAACCGCUUCGUACUUCAGAACGAAGGGAAGCUGUUCCAGUGCAGUUACCCGAAGAGCAUCGGAGGAAUUCUCGGGAAGUGGUCGAUGCUGGUUCAGGUGGGAGAAAUGCACAGGGAGAUGCGGAUGAUCUCUCUCAACUUCAUGAGCAACGUGAGGCUCCGGUCGCAUCUCUUGCCGGAGGUGGAGCGCCACACGCUGCUUGUGCUGCGGUCUUGGAGGGAGAAUUCUCCUUUCUCUGCUCAGGAAGAAGCUAAGAAGUUCACCUUCAAUUUGAUGGCCAAGAACAUCAUGAGCAUGGACCCAUGUGAACCUGAGACCGAGAAGCUGAGGCUGGAGUACAUAACCUUCAUGAAGGGUGUAGUAUCUGCCCCUCUAAACUUCCCCGGAACUCCAUACUGGAAGGCCUUGAGGUCACGGUCAAACAUCCUGAGGGUCAUCGAGCAAAAGAUGGAGCAGAGGAUCCAGGAGAAGAGCGAGAGACAAGGAGGAGCAGAGGAUCUCCUUGGAUGGUCUUUAAAGGAGUCAAACCUGUCCAAAGAACAGAUCCUCGAUCUCUUGCUGAGCUUGCUCUUUGCUGGCCAUGAGACCUCAUCGAUGGCCUUGGCUUUGGUUAUCUUUUUCCUCGAAAGCUGCCCGAAAGCUGUUCGACAACUGCGGGAAGAGCACAGCGAGAUCGACCGAAAGAAGCAACGAGGAGAGGCUGGUCUAAACUGGGAAGACUACAAGCAAAUGGAGUUCACCCGAUGCGUUAUAAACGAGACCCUGCGGCUUGGCAACGUCGUAAGGUUCGUGCACAGAAAGGUUCUACAGGAUUUGCAGUACAAAGGAUACGACAUCCCCUGCGGAUGGAAAAUUCUUCCGGUGUUUGCUGCGGUUCACUUGGACUCUUCUGUUUAUGAUCAUCCUCAUCAAUUCAACCCGUGGAGGUGGCAGAACAACUCCUCCAGCGUGACGGCGGCGACGAACAACUUCAUGGCUUACGGCGGUGGCCCCCGUCUCUGCGCGGGCUCCGAGCUCGCCAAGCUCGAGAUGGCGGUCUUCUUGCACCACCUCGUACUGCGCUACAGGUGGGAGUUAGCCGAGCCGGAUCAAGCGUUCGCCUUCCCCUUCGUGGAGUUCCGAAAGGGACUCCCCAUAAAAGUAUACUCCAUACAUGACAGUCCUGUGUGACAUCUCAAGAGUCUUCUGUUUACAUUUGAAUACACGUACGAAGGAGCAGUGGUUAUAUAUACGUGUGUGUAUGUUCAAGCUCUGAAUAAGGUUAAUUGGUCACUUGGGUGCAUAGUACAGAUAUAGGCAAAUUGGUGGAGCAA